AGGCUCCUCUUCUGAAGUGGUGGAGAUGGCAGUGAACUUCACCUGCAGCUUCAUCACAUUUUGCUGUUUAGCACUCUGGAGCUUCACUGGGACUUCAGGUGCUACGUAUGUAUCACCACCUCAUUCAACCAUGAAACCUGGCUCCCCUGUCCCGAUGAACACUGACAACCCUGGUGUUCGCAAGGCAGCUCGCUUUGGGGUUUACAGAUACAACAACAGCUCCAAUGACCUCUUUCUGUUUAAGGAAUCACAAAUAAACAAAGCCAUGGUACAGAUUGUCAGAGGGCUGAAAUACAUGCUCCAUGUGGAAAUUGGACGCACCGUGUGUGAGAAGAGGGAGCACUCCAGCUUGGAUAACUGUCACUUCCAGAAGAAAAAAAGCCUACAACAGAUGCUGAGAUGCUAUUUUGAGGUCUGGAUAACACCUUGGUUACAUAAAGUGUAUGUUCCUGUUGCUCUCUGUCACUGACUUGUCUUUGCCAGUGAGAGCCUGACCUUCCACCAUCUACCACCAUGAGUUUUUCCUUGCCUGGACCAUUGAGGCCAAAACUGAAGUGGGCAACGGCUGGACAGAAUCACCACAGCACUCUUCUCUCAAAGCACAUGACUGUUUUCCUCUCUGAGAAAGAUGCUCAAAAGUUACAAAGAUGAGACCUACCUUGACUGAAUGUGUUGCUAUCCAGUUGUGUAUCUAUUUUUCCAAAACUAAACUACAGA